UGGGACUUGUUUGGCUGUUAUAAUUUUUUUUCAGCGAUGAGGCCUAGGGGUAAAAAUCGUGGAGUUUUCUGUAUCUCUACCUGUAAUCAGGAGAUCGAGCAGCUAUCAAGAGAAAGUAGCCGAUACAGCCUCUCUAAUGGGCUUCUUCCUUCACUUGGAGCCAAAAACAGUCGAAGUGUUAAGUUGCGUAGGUUCAUUAUUUCGCCUUAUGACCAUCGUUACAGGGCCUGGGAGACUUUUCUGGUUGUUCUUGUUGUAUAUAUUGCUUGGGUAUCUCCAUUUGAAUUUGGAUUCCUUAAAAAAGAGAGGGGACCUCUUGCAAUUGCUGAUAAUGUAGUUAAUGGGUUCUUCACUGUGGAUAUUGUGCUGUCAUUUUUUGUCGCCUUCCUUGAUAAAACUACUUAUCUCCUCAUUGAUGACCAUAAGCAAAUUGCUUGGAAGUAUGUGAGCACCUGGUUUGUCUUUGAUGCCAUAUCCACAAUCCCCUUGGAAGCGCAGAGUAUUUUUCCUCCACCUCUUAAUUCGUAUGACUUCUUCAACAUGCUUCGUCUCUGGAGACUCCGAAGAGUCAGUUCCCUUUUUUCUAGAUUGGAGAAAGACAGGCAUUUCAAUUACUUCUGGGUUCGAUGUGCAAAACUAGUAUCUGUAACACUCUUUGCAGUUCACUGUGCUGGGUGCUUCUACUAUCUUCUUGCUGCACGUAACCAUAACCCAAAGUCUACAUGGAUUGGAGCUUCUUAUGAAAAUUUUCUUGAUUCAAGCAUCUGGGUACGUUAUGUGACAUCAUUGUAUUGGUCCAUCACUACGCUCACAACUGUUGGCUAUGGUGAUUUGCAUGCUCAAAAUACAAAGGAGAUGAUCUUUGAGAUCUUCUACAUGCUUUUCAACCUUGGAUUAACAGCAUAUCUUAUUGGAAAUAUGACCAACUUGGUUGUCCAUUGGACCAGUAGAACUAGAAAAUUUAGGGAUACUAUUCAAGCGGCAUCGGGUUUUGCACAACGGCACCAACUACCAAUACGCCUGCAAGAGCAGAUGCUUGCCCACUUGUGUUUGAAGUUCAGAGCAGACUCGGAGGGACUGCAGCAGCAAGAGAUUCUUGAUACCCUGCCUAAAGCUAUCCGAUCAAGUAUAUCUCAUUUUCUCUUUUACUCUCUAGUCGACAAGGUCUACUUGUUCCAUGGAGUGUCAAAUGAUUUGCUUUUUCAGCUGGUCUCCGAGAUGAAAGCCGAGUAUUUCCCCCCCAGGGAAGAUGUGAUCUUGCAGAAUGAAGCACCAACAGACUUCUACAUACUGGUUACUGGUGCUGUGGAUCUUGUGAUACUCAAGAAUGGAAUGGAACAGGUUGUUGGGGAGGCAAAGAUUGGGGAUGUCUUUGGUGAGGUGGGCGUACUCUGUUACAGGCCACAACUGUUCACGGUCCGCACUAAACGAUUGAGUCAGCUGCUGCGUUUGAAUCGUACUGCAUUCUUGAAUAUAGUCCAGGCUAGUGUUGGAGACGGGACCAUAAUUAUGAACAAUGUCCUUCAGUAUUUGAAGGAGCUGAAGGACCCAGAGAUGCAACGAAUUCUAACAGAGACAGAGGACAUGCUAGCUCAAGGUAGAAUGGACCUUCCACUCAGUCUAUGCUUUGCAGUGUCUAGAGGAGACGAUCUAUUGUUGCAUCAAUUACUAAGAAGGGGCUUGGAUCCCAAUGAAUCUAACAACAGUGGGCGCCCUGCUCUGCAUUUAGCAGCAUCCAAAGGAUAUGAAAACUGCGUCCUACUUCUACUAGACUAUGGAGCAAAUCCCAACAGCAGAGAUUCAGAAGGAAGUGUUCCACUAUGGGAGGCAGUACUGGAGAAAAAUGAAUCGAUUAUAAAACUUCUGGUGGACAAUGGCGCAAACAUCUAUUCUGGUGAUGUAGGUCUGUUUACAUGUAUUGCUGCAGAACAAAAUGACCUGAACUUGCUCAAGGACAUUAUAUAUUAUGGAGGGGAUGUGAAACUGCCCAAUAGCAAUGGAACGACUGCACUUCAUGUUGCAGUUUGUGAGGGGAAUGCUGAAAUAGUUAAGUUCCUGUUGGACCAUGGAGCUCACAUUGAUAGACCUGAUGCUCAGGGCUGGACCCCAAGGGGUCUAGCAGAUCAGCAGGGCCAUGAAGAGAUAAAAGUGCUAUUCCAAUCCAGACAAGAGAUCGGUGGCCAAACCUCCUUUCGAGUUACAGAGCAGCCAAGGGUGCGCAACCUCGGUAGAUUUACAAGCGAGCCAACUCUCCGCCCCUUGUCUGAGGAAGGUAUAGCCACUCCAACUGAUGUGCCAGGGAGGGAUAAUCAUCGGAGACGCAAUUCUAACAACUUCCACAACUCACUGUUUGGGAUCAUGUCAGCUGCCCAUGCAAGUGAAAGAGUCGUACAUUCACCUGUUGGCCAUGUUCCAUUUAACAAUAGUUCUCAGUAUUACCCUGCCCGAGUUAUAAUUAGUUGCCCAGGACUUGAUGUCAUCGGGAAGCUCAUUCACCUGCCAGAUUCCUUUCCAAAGUUGCUCGGGAUCUGCACUCAGAAAUUCGGGUUCAAACCCACAAAAAUUCUAACUAGAGAUGGUGCUGAAAUUGAUGAGAUAGAGGUCAUUAGAGAUGGUGAUCAUCUUGUUCUUGUUAGUGAGGACAGCUAAACCCUUUAUGUCUUCCUCUACCUGGCUGAGGCUGAAGUGUGAUGUAUAACCACAUGGCACCCUGUGGAUUGCUAUGUAGAAUUCUUGGGGUUCGGUUGGACAAUAGAUUGUGGCAGAAAAGGGGGACAGAGGAAGCAGGAAA